CGCAGCGCCGCAGUCCCGCCGCGAUGUUCGGGGCGCAGCAGCAGCUGCAGCCACCCGCGCUGCCCCCGCACCUCCAGCAGCAGCAGCACCACUACUACCGGCGGCAGCAGCACUACAGCACCCUGCCCGCCCGCCGGCCCUGCCCCGAGCCGCCGCCCUGCCCCGAGCCCCCGCCGUGCCCGGAGCCGCCGCGGCCGCUGCCCUGCCUGGACCCCGCUCCGCACCAGCAGCAGGACGGCGCCGUGGCCUACGACCGGGUGCGCGCCUACGGGCCGGGCUGCCGCCGGGUCAGCACCUCCUGCUCCUCCCGGGCCGCCUCGCCGCUGGACAGCGGGCACGGCUGCGACUCGCCACAGGGCACCAUUCGCAGGAUCAUUAUCGAGAACCCGGAUCAGGAGCCAUUAUCCCCUUUUCUUAGAGGGGCAAACUUCUGUCCUGGAAAUAAUGUCAUCUAUGAAAAGACAAUAAGAAAAUAUGAGCUAUUAAAUCCCCUGCAAGAGAGGCAGUUCCAGGUGUGCCAGGCGGAGCAGUGCCCGCAGUGCCCGCCCGCCCUGCCGGUGCCGGUGACCCAGCAGUGCCAGCAGACACAGACGGGCAGCGCCUGCGAGCUGUGCCCGGGCAGCGACGAGAGCCGGGGACACGCCGUGAGGAGGAGCACGGCCCCCGAGCUGGUGAGCUGCCCCCAGGACAACCCCGAGCAGCUGGACUGUCGCUUCUUCGGGGAGCUGCUGGCCGAGCUGCACCGCAAGAGCACUGACCUGUACAGCUGUUUGCUGCAGCACGUGGAGAAGAUUGGCACAAGGAACCACGACAUCGAGUUAACAUGCCAGACUGAAGAUAUUGAGGAAUUAAUUCCCAAAGGACUGUCUGAGGCAACAAAGCAGCAGAUUCGUUAUCUCCUCCAGAUGAGAGUGACAUCGGACAAAUCCCUGAGACUUGUGCUUUCCACGUUCAAGAAUCUGCGUGAGGAGCUCUGCCAUUUGCAGGAUGACCUGGGGAAGCUGGAAACAGACAAUGUCUUGCUGAAGAAGGAUUUGGCUUUUAAGGAUUCUCAAGUAAAAGAAUAUGAAACAAUGUUGGCUUCUCUGAGGGAGAACAAUCGUCAGCAGCAGCAAGGGCUCAGGGACAGCACUGCCAAAUGCCGCUCCCUGGAGGAACAGCUCCUGUCCCUGCGGCUCAGUGAGGGGGACAAGGACUGCCAGCUGAAGGAGCUGGAGUACAGCAAGAGGGCCCUGGAGCAGGAGAUCCAGAGCCUCAAGCUGCAGAGCUGCUCCAGCCCAACCCUGCAGACCACGACGGACGAGCUCUCCAGCCGCUACGUGGAGAUGAUCAACAACCUGAGGGAGGACAAGGACAGGGAGAUCCGCAGCCUCAGGUCUCAGCUGUGCCAGUUCCAGCAGGACAUAACCAGGAGAGAGGGGAGCAACAGUGACUUGCAAAUGAGGCUGCACGAACUGACAUCGCUGCUGGAGGACAAAGAGGCUUUUAUUAAACAACAGCAAGAGGAGCUCUUCAGACUGAAGCACGAGAAAUUAUCCGGCAGUCAGUCCCCUGGGGUGACAGCCAUCAUCACUAAAAAGUAUAGGAAUCAGUAUCCUAUUCUGGGUCUCCUGUCUGAUGACUACAAGGUCACAUCACCUGUCAAUAAAUCACAAACGAUUGUAAUUGAGAGGACUGGAGAGAUCUGGAAACAUGUGAGUUUACCUGGAGAGGGACUGUUCCCUCUGCACUCCCUAAGCGUUCAAUUUAACUUCAAAGCAAGUAUUUCCCAAACUGAGAGCUCAGGGAUGCCCUCGUGGUAAUUUAACUCGCUGCAAAAAGCAAAGUGACUGACUGCAGCCAGGGAAGUGUCCUGGCUCUUGCGAGCAGGCAGUAAUUGGUGGGUGUGGUACAAAUAAAACCUUUUGUUGUUUUCUCUGGCACGUAAUUGCCCUGAACAAAAGCAGCAGCGUUGCCCUAACACCGGCCCCGGGGUGUUGCUGUACUGGGCAGGGAGGCAGGGACUGUGUCCUGCUGUGCUCUCAGGUGAGGAGGGAUUUGGGAGGGCUGUGCUCCCUCUGCAUUAGGAGCAUUAAUGACUCCAAGCUAUUACUAAAACAUACGAAGCAGCACAUCCCUGAAACUCACCUUGAGCUAUGGCAGUGACUAACCCAGGAAUGCAGAAGAGUGGUGACAUUUUAAGGAGUGAUUCAGAAUAAAAAUAGAAAACAGGGCUGCGGAAGCUAUUUCUGUUACAGGCAGUGGCUUGUGGUGCCAAGUUUGGCUACAAGGAAAAGGCUGGAGAAAUGGCAGGGUGGCCAGGCAGGGGUGGUGGUGGCUGCAGGCACAAGGUCACAGCAGCACCUGGACACAACCAAGGGGGGGACACAGCCAGGAGACAGUUUUGUGACAGCCUGAGCAGAUGCAGGUAGCACAUCUGGCCUGCUCCCCAAGGGGACCUUGCCUGCAGCAGGAUUAGGAAAGUAGAAAGUGCAGGUCACUGGCAAAGAGCAGAGUUUUAUUACUGAGCCCUAAAACUCACCCAGGUGCAUUGCAACCUAGUGAAAUGUCAAGCAAUUAAACAUCAAUAGAGAAAUUAAAAAGUGAAGUGUUUGGUACAGAGGAAAGGCUCACUGCUCCCCUUGGACCCUUCACAAGAGAAAACAAGUAGGUAAUUAAAUGAGAUGCUUUACAGGAGGUAGUUUUGUUUCAUAACAGAAACAGGUUUAUGUAUUUCUUCUAACAAGUUGCUUGUUUCUUUUAGGAAUGAAAGAAACCUCUGAGCUCCAAGGAGUUCACAACCACUGAAACUGCUUUACUUUCUGCUCUUCUGCAU